AACAACCUAUAACCGAGAACGUUGACAGUGGGAGUGAGAGGAAUGUCUUGCUGACAGGAGAAACGAAAUUGUAUCAGUGUAUACAUUUGAGUUGCAGCGAAAACCUACGUGAGCAUUGUAACUUUAAUCAGAGCAAGCCGUUUGACGACGUUCCUGCCGUGAAUUCUAAUAUAGAAGUCAUAUCGCAGACUGCUGUUUUAGGAAGUAAACAAAAGAAAAGUGUUAAUUCGGGAUGGCGCAGUGGGAGAGGCUACGGCAACUGGACUCCCUGCACCAGCAGCAGUUGGAUGAGCUCUACAGACGAGAUGAGUUACCCAUGGAUGUGCGGUACUAUCUGGCUUCCUGGAUAGAGAGCCAAGACUGGUCUCGGGCCACACAGGACCACUCCGCGGCCAGCAUCCUGUUCCAGGCCCUGCUGGAGAACCUGGACAACCAGCACAGCCGCUUCGUACAGGAGGCAGACUUCCUGAUGCAGAGCAAGAUCCGCCGAUUUAAGCAGAACUUCCAGGUGUACCAGGAGCAGCCAUGGAUCCUGGCAAAUAUUAUCCAGUGGUUCCUGAACAAAGAACGGGAGAUUCUGCAGUCUUCUCAACUGGCAGAACAGGUUCAGAUGCUGCAGGUCCAGCCAAGCCCCGUGGAGACCGACAGCCACAGGAACACCGAGCGCAAGAUGGCCGACCUCAGGAAGCAAGUGCAGGUCAUGGAGCACAGUGUAAGAUCCCUGGAGGAACAGCAAGAUGAGUUUGAUUUCAAGUACAAAACUCAGUCGAUGGAAGGGAACAUCACCGAAGCAGAGAAGAGCGAGCAGAUGAAGAUCCUGCAGUAUCUGCUCAACAGGCUGGACGCUUCCCGGAAGGCCCUUCUCUCAGGGAUGAGUGUGCUGUUGGACGCAGCUGAUGAACUCUUCGCUCUGCUGGGGGAGGAGCUGACUGAGUGGCAGCGGCGACAGCAGACGUCCUGCAUCGGAGCUCCGGUGGAGACCUGCCUCAACCAGCUGGAGAUCUGGUUCACGGCGGUGGCUGACUGCCUGUUCCAGCUGCGCAAGUUCCUGCGGAAGGUGGACGAGCUGCUGGGGAAGGUCACGUACGAGCGCGACCCCUUCAAGACCCAGAAGCCCGAUCUGGAGAAGCGGGCGGAGCUGCUCCUCACCGCCCUGCUGAGGAGCGCCUUCGUGGUGGAGAACCAGCCCUCCAUGCCGCAGGGGAAGGGACCCCUGGUGCUCCGGACCAACGUGCAGUUCUCCGUCAGAAGCAGGCUGCUUGUCAAAGUGCCUGAGCUGAACCAUGCCAUGAAAGUGACGGUGUCGAUUGACAGAGACGCGGUGCAGGUGAAAGGGUACCGGCGGUUCAACGUGCUGGGGAACAGCUGCAAGGCCCUGAACAUGGCGGAGAGCACGAGCGGCGGCAUGGUGGCCGACUUCCGCCAUCUGACCCUGAGAGAGCAGAAGUCUGGAGGAGGCAAGGGAGUGAAUGAUCUCUCCUUGAGCGUGACCGAGGAGCUGCACGUGAUCCACUUCGAGACCGUAUUCGAGCUGCACGGACUGUCAGUCGCGCUGGAGGCCUCCUCGCUGCCCGUGGUCAUCAUCUCCAACUCCAGCCAGCAGCAGACCGCCUGGGCCUCCGUGCUGUGGUUCAACAUGCUGUGCUCCGACCCCAAGAAUGUGAAGUUCUUCGCCAGCUCCCCGGCAGCCUCCUGGCCCCAGCUCGCGGAGGUCCUCAGCUGGCAGUUCCUCUCCUCCACCCAGAGGGGGCUGGACGACAGCCAGCUGCACAUGAUCGCUCAGAAACUCUUCGGUACGAAGCAAAGCUACUGCAACUGCAAAAUGCCCUGGGGCAGGUUUUCUAAGGAAAUGCUUCCCGGCGUGAACUUCACCUUCUGGACCUGGUUUGACGGCAUCCUCGUCAUGGUGAAGAGCUACCUGGAGAACCUGUGGAGGGACGGAUGCAUUAUGGGAUUUGUGAGCAAAAGCCGGGAGAAGAUCUUGCUGACGAAGAAGCAGAACGGGACCUUCCUGCUCCGGUUCAGCGAGAGCAUCAAAGAUGGCGGCAUCACCUUUUCCUGGGUGGAGUAUUUUAUAGACGGAACGCCCAACGUGCGCUCGGUGCAGCCCUUCGUCAAAGUGGACCUCGCCCAGAUCCCUUUCUCCGAGAUAAUCCGCAACUUCCAGAUACUGGAAGCGGAAAACGUUCCGGAGAACCCCCUCAAGUUCCUGUACCCCAACACCCCCAAAGACGAGGCCUUCGGGAAGUACUACUCGGAGAAGAGUGGAGCGGACAGCCCUUACAUAAAAUACAUCAAGACCAAGCUCGUGUUCAUCUCCAAAGAGAACACGUUGGAAGCUAAAUCGCCCAUGAAUCCGUUAGCUGAUCCAGAAGCCGCGGUGCCGAUGAACGGUCUGUGCGCGCCGCACGACGAAGAGGCAGCCGCCUCAGAAGACCUGCUGCGGUCCUCUGAAUCCAUGAUGAGCGAGCUGGAGGACCUGUCUCCCAAUAUCAGCCUGCAGGACUUCCUGUUCAACGACCCCAUGAUGAUCUCGGGCGACUUCCCUCCCUCGGACGAGCUGGACUCCGCCUCCGCCUCCAUCGCGGCUCUCCCCGACCUCGCCGAACUCAGCUGCUACGCCCUUCCCUGCAGCCCGUACUGAAGGAGCUCCGCCUCCCACUCCCUCACUGCACACGCCCCAACGCAACCCCCCCCCCCGAAUCCCCAAAGCCCAGACUCUAGGGUCUCUCAGUGCACUGGGAGCACAGCACGGGCAGCGGCCUACAUGCACUAAACCCCCCCUAAUUGUGCCGCAUUCAGUCCGCGUAUCUGUCAUCUGGGAGACAUUGUAAUGACACUGUAAAAUAUUUCCGUUCUUCAGCUGAUUCCUCUAACUAAGGUCCUGACCGGCUCCUUUUGGUCGUUUCAACCCUGGAGUUAAUCCCAGUGUCCUGGCUCCCCUCUGUACCCCCCCCCCCCCUCUGUACCCCCCCCCCGUGUAGCCAGUCUGGUUGCAUAUGCAACUGCCUCCACAAUCCAUUGCAUUCCUUUCCCAAAUGAUUCACCAAUUCUCAGUUGACCUGUUUGGUGAAAUGAAGGUAAAUACAUUUGUUUAGAAAUGCAGGACAGCCCCACAGUUCUUCAAAUGUGUCAAAUGAAAGGAUUAAUGGGCCACUUAAAAUGCACUAUUUUAAUACACCUUACUGCUGAGGACUUGGCUAACGUGCGAGACACAGUGGGCUUGUUUUCAGUCAGUCUCUUUUUGUCGUUUUUCAGGGUCGGUUUUCUGUAGCUGCAUCAGGUUGAGGGAGGAGGAAGAACCGAAAUUCCCCUUUUGUUACCAAACAGGAAGUUUUCUUGGGACAGUAAUUUUCUUCGGUCACCGUCCAUCGGUGCCGUAAAAUCUAAAAAUGAACCCGUCACAUAAGCGGGUCAGGUUGCCCUUGUGCGAACAGCGAGAAAUCGCUUCCUGUUUGCGUACUUCACUGCGCAGAAACUGGUUUGGAUCUCUCACAAGUUUGUUGAGUCUUGGUUCAUCGAAGGCAGAUUGGUACUAAAUUUGGUCUCUUCUGUUUAAAAUUUUUUAAUUUUUUUAAAGCAUUUUAUUUUUUUACUGCUAGUAUGUGUAGUUUGCGAUGUCGCUGAAGAAGCGGCCACAUGAAUGUGGAAAGGGAAGGCGACAUUUAAAAUGUUUCAAAUUUACAUGUGUAACCCGUUCUCGCUGUAUCUAGGCCGAUUUAUUCAAAGGCUAAUCGGAGCUGAUUUUGAAUCGCAGUUUGUUGGCGAAAUGGAUGUUCCUCACCUCACAGAAAUGUGAAGUAUGCUGUCGGGCUAUAUCUGCCCACCUGAGCUGAUACCGCUGACGCGCACUGUCCAAGACUGCAGUCUGCGCUGCUGUUGCCACCGGCGUGUUUCAGUGGAAGCGUACGCUCCGAGCACUUUAAGAAUAAGCCCUGGGGGCGGAGUCCUUCGAGGAGCGGAAUAGACUCAAACUCGCAACGCAGCGAAAACGUCACGUGUGCGUUUAUUUUCUGUGUGACGCUUUUGAGGCAAUGGUAAUAAUACUCGCGCCAUAAUUAUGUACACGAUUAUGCACGGUAAUCACUGUUACUUACACCACCAUUCUCAUAUUAAGCAAUUCAGUUUUGAGGUUCUUAAUUAGAAGCUCCAGAUCUCGCAGACCAUUCCCAGCCAUUCUUUUUGACUGAAUUUGCGUCGAGAGCCAUUUUGGCAGUUGGUUGCCGCUCAUUAGAGCCACUGGUCUGUACUUGGACCGGUACUUCUCUCUAGGGGUUUCGUCAUACUUGUUCCUGGUUAUGGUUAUACACUUUGUUGUACGUCGCUCUGGAUAAGAGCGUCUGCCAAAUGCCUGUAAUGUAAUGUAAUGUAAUGUAAUAUUUUUGGGAAAUGCUAAAGAAGAUGGCCAGUAGCCAUACCACUCCCUAUCCCUUUCUUAAGCCUGAAGAUAAGCAGGUGGGGGCUUAUGUUAGUACUUGAAUGGAUGGAAAGCAAUCUUUAAAAACCGGGGUCGUAACUUACUGGUCGUUAAAUAUCGCAUGACACUUGCUCUCAAAGAGUAAGGGGGUUCCCCGGUGUCCUGGCGGAAAUUCCCAGCUUGGCUCUCCGGACUGGGCUCCUAACCGCUUUCACUGGCGGAGUGAUCCCUCCCUCUCCAGAUCAGGUGAUGUCCAGUUAGCGUUCUGCCACAAAAUGGCUGCCGUGCAGCACCCCCCUGGGUGCUGGGCGCUGCACCUUAAUUUUAUUAAGUGAAAAAGUUUUUUAAAUAAAAUUGACAAGUAAAAGAUAAAGUAUUUGCAGUGUAUUUUUGGCGGCUGUAGCACAGUAAUAGUGGUGGGAGUCGUAAUGCAUCGGUAACAUACUUCAUAACUCUGCAGUGAUGUUUUCUGUAACUUCUUUCAUUAAUAGAAUUUCAACAUUCCUGUUAGCCACAGAACAAAGUCGUAUGUGCUUGUGCAGUGUCUACCUGCUCCUUUGCCACAUGCUGUACAUUCAGGCCAUUGUCAAUAUUCAGUCCAUCUCAGUCUUGUGGUACUGUGUGAUGUGUGCGUAUACUGUCUGCUCCUUUUGAAGUCUCAGGGCCACAGGAGGGAUGGUGGCUCAGUAGAGCAGACUAACUCAUGUAAUGCCGCAUUAGGUUUUCAUAGUAGUCAUGUUUGUGUUAAUGUUUUCCCAUGAUCUCCAAUAAACCUGGUUCCUCCUUAAAUUUUGA